AUGGCGCCAGCAGAGGCUCCGAAGUUUGAGUAUCUGUGCAUAAUCCUCGACAAGCCCGGGACGAAUGCGAAAAGAAUGGAAUAUCGUUCAAUCCAUAUUCAAGGUCUCCGUCCCUUGAUGGAAUCUCAAACUCUCAUCUCUGGUGGUUUGUUUCCUCUUCCUUUUCCUACUUCUACCAUAAUGAAAAUUAUCGAUGCGCGAUCCAACCAUAAGUACUGCUUGUUAACUACGCUAUGGCUAGGAACAAUGUUUAACACGCACCCAACCGAUAGCGAAACACCGCCAUUCAAGGGAAGCAUGGUAGUUAUCCAGGCGACAUCUGCUCAGGAGGCACGCGAGAUUGUGGGGAGGGAUAUCUAUGCGCAAAAUGGGGUGUGGGAUUUUGAGAAUGCACAAAUUUUCCCGCCAGCUAUGGCUUUGGGCUUGAUUCAGAACUUACUGAACUUCAGCAACCAAGAUGUGAUCCCAUUCACUUGGAUCAUCGGAUUGGCUUUGAUUGUCAUAUUUUCCUUGGCUUACGUUCGAGAUCCUUUCAAGGGCAUCCCAGGUCCAUUUUUGGCGAGGUGGACAGCCUGGUGGAAUGUAUACUACUCACGCAAAGGCAAUAUGCACCGGAACAUGAUGGCUAUGCACAAGAAAUAUGGAACGCUGGUUAGAACUGGUCCGAAUGAAGUCAGCACUUCGAACCCAGAGGCGUUCAAUAUCAUCUAUGGCGCUGGAACCGGAUUCCGCAAAAGUGACUGGUACAGUGUCUGGCAGGGAACCCGCAAGUGGGACUUGUUCGGUGAACGAAACACAGAGAUACAUCGUAACCAACGACGACUUGUAGCCAAUACAUAUUCACUGUCGAACAUGAAGAAACUGGAACCAUACGUCGAUAGUGCGAUUGGGGUUUUCAUCACGAAAAUGGCGGAAAUGAGUGGCCAGCAGGUCGAUAUUAGCUAUUGGACUCACUUGUUCGGCUUUGAUGUAAUCGGAGAAGUGACGUUUUCGAAGAGGUUUGGCUUCAUGGAAUCUGGCAAAGACGACGGUGCAUUCGCUAUUAUUGAAAACUCGCUACGAUCUGCAGCUUGGUCCGGCUACGUACCUUGGCUAUACUGGCUUAAUGCUAGACUGACCCCUGUCAUCGGUAACCAUCUCGCUGUCACUGCGCGACAGGGCAGUCUGUUGAAAAUGGCGGCAACGGCCAUCGCCGAACGCAAAGAACGAGGUAGUUCGCAUGCGGACGUUCUCGCUCAGUUCUUUGACAUUCAAAAAGAGAAGCCGAUUUUCGAUGACAUCUCCCUUACUUCACAGGUCUCCAGCAACAUUUUUGCAGGCAGUGAUUCCACCGCCAUCUCCCUCUCUGCAAUGCUCUUAUAUCUGUUGAAGAAUCCGGAAAAGAAAAAGAUCCUCUUGGCCGAGAUUGAGGCAAUGGCCCAGAAAAAAAAUGUUAAACAGUGCGGUAUAUUUAGCCUAGAAAUGGCCAAUGACAUGCCCUACCUGCAAGCGGUGAUGUGGGAAGCAAUGCGCCUUCACCCCGCAAUUGGAAUGAACAUUGGCCGGCGAGUGCCUCAGGGGGGUGUUACUAUCGACGGACGAUAUUAUCCUGAGGGGACAACGCUGAGUAUGAAUGCCUGGGUGAUCAACCGUGACAAAAAAACCUUUGGAGAAGACUCGGAUGCCUUUCGGCCAGAACGGUGGAUGGAGGACUCUGAGCGAGUUGGCGACAUGAAACGUAUAUUUUUCAGUUUCGGCGCUGGAGCGCGAUUUUGCCUCGGAAGACACAUUGCAUGGCUUGAGAUGUCCAAGCUUAUUCCAAGCCUUUUCCAUAGCUUUGACAUUGACCUAGCCACGCCGGACCUUCAAGUCACAGAACACACUAUGUCCAAACCCGUCGAAGCGCAGGAAAAAAACCAUUCUUCCCGUCGAUCCCCCCUCCUUCUCAACUAUCAGCCUGAUCACCGAGACACAAUGUCCAGCGUAGUCGAACACAGCCAGGCCAAGUCCCCUACACAGGACUCGGCCGCCCAUUCUCAGACUAGCACUAUCAAUCCAGGCACUGAGCUGGAUGAGAAGCGCGCCGAAGAUUCAACAGAGCCUGUCGCAGCUGACAGCCAGCCAUCAGACGAAGAAGCAGCACCUCCGCCGCCUACAGACACGCCAGAGCCACCUCCCAAUGGAGGCACACAGGCUUGGCUAACCGUUCUUGGGGCGCACUUUCUCUUCUGUAACUCAUGGGGCAUUGCCAACGCUUUCGGCACCUUUCAAACCUAUUACGAAUUGGAACUCCUCCAAAGCUCGUCGCCCUCAGACAUCGCAUGGAUCGGCUCAGUUCAAUCCUGGCUCCUUCUUUUUGUCGGAGCCUUGAGUGGCCCCAUCUACGACGCAGGCUAUGCCCGCGCGCUGAUUAUCGGAGGCUCCUUCUUCAGUGUGUUCGGUCAAAUGAUGCUGAGUCUUUGCGACAAUUACUGGCAGAUCUUCCUCGCCCAGGGUAUCUGUGUAGGCAUUGGAGGCGGUAUGCUGUGUAUGAUUGGCAACCUUAUCGCUUCCCAGUACUUCACCACAAAAUUGUCCACGGCUACUGGUAUCGCUGCCGCUGGCAGUAGUCUAGGCGGUGUCAUUUAUCCCAUCGUCUUCCACAGGCUUCAGCCCACCGUCGGCUUUGGAUGGGCUACUCGUGUCAUCGGCUUCAUCACUCUGGCUCUUCAACUGGUCGCCAUUCUGGUGCUGAAACCCAGAGUCAAACCACAAGCGCGACGAGGCCUACUUGACCUAGCUGCCUUUAAAGAGGUCCCAUACACUGUUUUCACGUUUUCUGUAUUCGUCGGUUUUCUGGGACUUUACCAGCCGUUCUUCUACGUCCAGAGCUUUGCCAUUAAGACUGGACUUACAAAUUCGAACCUCGGAUUCUAUCUCCUCUCUAUUCUUAAUGCCACCAGUGCAUUCGGCCGUAUUCUCCCUGGGAUGGUUUCUGAUAAAAUCGGAGCCAUGAACGCCAUGAUCCCGUGCGCCUUUCUGUCUGCCCUCCUAGCAUUUUGCAUUCUUGCCGUCAAGGAUGCCGCUGGUAUAAUUGUUCUCAUGGUCCUAUAUGGAUUUUUCUCCGGAACUUUCGUCUCGUCUCCCACGGCCACCAUUAUCCGCCUUUCAGCUCAUAACCGAGCCAUGACGGGAACAAGACUGGGUCAGGCCUUUGCUAUAAUUUCUUUUGGAUAUCUGAUUGGAACACCCGUUGGUGGGGUGGUUUUAGACCAGCACGGUUUUAAUGCACUAUGGAUAUUUACCGGUGCCAUCAUAGUUGGCUCUAGUCUAAUAUUGAUGCUGGCUAGGUAUUUCUAUAAAGGACUCUCGCUGACAGCUAUUGGUUAA